AUGAAGUUCUCAAGUAAAUGCUUCGCAGGCUUACUAUCAUCCGGGCUUUGCGCUGCUGCUCUCGCGAGACUAGAUUCUGUUUGUUUUCAACCUUUCUAUAUAAGCCUUGUUCAAGGGGAUCCCAGUACAUACGACCACAGGGUGUGGAGAACAGGGCUUCCCGUCCGCUCAGCCGUACUUAAGCCACACGCCGGCAGGUUAGUAGUUGGGUGGGUGACCACCAGCAAAUCCCUGCUGUUGUAUGUUUUUUGGUAUUUUUUUUAUUUCUCAUAUCCUGUCUGUCUAUCAUGGAAGACUUGGUUUUUGUUACACAAAGCAGAUCAGACAGACCUGAAGUGA